UCUCCCUCUCUAAACCAUUCGGACAAGCCAACCCGACAACAGACUGCAACUUGCUCCCCCACGACGCCAAGACUCGACGACACAAAGGGUGCGAACCUGGCCGAACCACGAAAAAAAACUACCCCUCUGCCCCUUCGCAGCAAAGCUCCCCUUGCCCCCCUGCACGCACACACAGUGGUGUUAUCAGAUAAUUGCGCAGCAGCGAGGCCUUUAACCCGACCAAGCCCGCCGCCGUUUCCCUUCUUCUUCCUCCCGUCCCCUCACAACUGCGGCUUUUCUUGACUCGCCUCGACACACUGCCCGGCGCCUUUAAAACCCGUGGUCGAUCUCAAGACUUGGCACCACCCUAUUCGCGUCCUCGUCGACCUCUUGGCUCUUGACUCUUUUACUCUCUUCUUAACGAACUUGACGAGUCACAAUGGUCGCAAAGGCUCUCCUCGCGGCCUUGCCCCUCGUCGGCCUCGCCCAGGCCGCCGUCAUCGAGCACUGGUGGAACAUCACCUACGUUGACAAUGUCAACCCCGACGGCCUCUUCCCCCGCCGUGUCAUUGGUGUUAAUGGCUCGUGGCCCCCACCCCCGCUCUGGUCGAACCACGGUGACAAGAUCAUUGUCCAUGCCACCAACGGCCUCGGCGUCGACUCGAUCCCGACCGCGCUGCACGCGCACGGCAUGAUCUUCAACGGCACCAACUACUACGACGGAGCCGUCGGCAUCACCCAGUGUGGUAUCCCCAACGGCUACACACUCGACUACGAGAUCGACACUGUCCACAACCAGGGAACAUACUGGAUCCACGGCCACUACUCGGGCCAGUACGUCGAUGGUCUCCGUGCUCCCAACAUCAUCCUCCCCGCCAACGGCACUGGACGAACGGAUAAUGUCACCUGGGACGACGAGUAUGUUAUCAUUGCGUCCGACUGGUACCACCGCCAGCACGACGACAUGGUCAAGAACGAGUUCUUGAACUGGAGGAACCCCACCGGUGCCGAGCCUGUGCCCGAGUCUGCUCUCAUCUACAUUGCCAAGGACGGCAAGUACCUGCACACCAACCAGGAGAUCUCGAGCGGUGUCGGAAACAAUGACAACGCGACCAUCACGUUUGAGCCCGGAAAGACGUACCGCAUCCGUGUCAUUGCCAUGACUGCGCUCACCAUGUUCCACUUCGGCAUCGAGGACCACGACAUGCAGAUCAUCGAGAUUGACGGUACCGAGAUUGUUCCUUACCCCAUCGACACGAUUGCCAUCUCGGCCGCUCAGCGCUACUCGAUCCUCGUCACGGCCAAGAACCAGACCGACAAGAACUACGCCAUGAUGUUCAUGCAGGACCCGGAGAUGUACGACAAGGUUCCCGAUGACCUCGUCCUCAACAACACUGUCCAGAUUGUCUACAACUCGGCCAAUGAGGCGCCCAAGCCCGUCAUCUACGAGAGCUGGGCCAUGAUCAACGAGACGGACAUGCACCCCAUGAUCCAGCAGGCGUCGUUCCAGCCCGACGUCCAGUUCACCCUUCACGCCGUUUUCGACACGUUUGACGACGGCACCAACCGCGCGUCGUGGUCGCUCGACGACGGCUUCCAGAACUCGACCUUCCAGUCGCCCAAGGUCCCCACCAUCUUCUCGGCGCUGAGCAUGGGCGAGGACGCGACCCAGCACCAGGUCUACGGCGCCCAGACGAACGCCAUCCCUCUCAAGCACGGCGACGUUGUCGAGCUCAAGGUGCACAACUGGGACUCUGGACACCACCCGUUCCAUCUCCACGGCCACACUUUCCAGGUCAUUGAGAAGUCGUUUGACGUGACCUCGGACGACCCGGUCAUCAACCCCCAGAUUGUCGACGACCAGAAGAACCCCAUUCACCGCGACACGAUCACCAUUCCUCCUGGAGGCAUGGUCGUCCUCCGCUUCAUUGCCGACAACCCAGGCGCGUGGUUCUUCCACUGCCACAUUGACUGGCACUUGACGUCUGGUCUUGCCGUCGUCUUUAUCGAGGCACCCGACGUCAUGCAGAAGACCCUCACGGUCCCUCAGCAGAUGUACGACCACUGCAAGUUCUUCAAGCAGGCCACGAGCGGCAACGUUGUCGGCCUCAACUCGACCACCGACUUCAAGGGCCAGCCAUGGGGCCCCUUCCCGCUCAAGAUGAACUGGACUCCCAAGGCCAUUGGCGCCAUGGCCGGCUGCAUCCUGACUGCCAUCAUUGGCUUCCUCACGGUUGUCUGGUACGGCACGGGCGAGCUCAACGAGGAGGAGAUUGAGGAGGAGGUCCGCCGCCACGUCGAGGCCAAGCAGCACAAGAAGCCUCUGUGGAAGAAGCUCACCGGUAGCCGCACCGAGUAGGUAGUACAUUGUUAGAUGCAGCAUAAUAGGAUUCA